ACGCUCUUAAUAAAAAUGUUCUUUAUUUUUUCGUUUUCUUCAAGCUGAAUACAGCUAAAACAGUGAACCGAUACGACGGACUAGUUCCGAUUGGUUCACUUAGUGUGCUUUUCAACACUGAUCAGUUGCUGGGCAACAUGGCGCGUAUUUUUGUUUGUUCAAUUCCUGGUGUGACGUAAACUUUCGCAUUGUAGAAAAACAGACAGCGAUUGCAAAUCUAGUAAAUCUAUUAUGAUAUUUGAUAAAGGUUGCACAUUUGGGCGCCUCUCUUUAUGGUGACUUUGCUUUUUGUGUAGAAUUGUUGGACAAAAUGUUCGUGCAGAAAAAAAAGCUGAUUGAACAUGUGCUGGCAAUGCGUGGCGAAGGGGCCAGCAGUGAUGAAGAAGAGGAAGAAGAGGACCAGGGAGAUAUUUUGCAGCGCCGACGCGAAGAAUGCGAACGCAAGGCCCGCCGUGGGGAGAUGGAUCCCCGACUGGAGUUCACCUUCCAGUUGUUGAUCGACGCCACUCAGUUGCCCAGACAUCAGCUCAUGGAUUACAUAUUCGAAGGGGAUAUGCUCGAUGAAAUCAAUCAGCUAUUUUUGCCGAAUAUGAAAAACAAGCUGCUCUGGUUUUAUCAGGAAGUGGAUGAACCGGAGCCUACACCGACUCCAGACGCAAAUAAGCCGGGACCGUCACGAAGUGGCAUUGCAUCUAGCAGUUCUAAGACGCCGCAAGGUGGCGCCUCUCCGAGUGGUAUGCCUCCGCCAAAGCAAAAGAAGUUAUUCCUGACGGAUGGUUGGACCUGCGCCUUUACAGGUGUUUGUAUUUAUAUCUUUCGAGUGAAUACGUCCAAACAGCUUCCGGAAGAGGGAUUCCAAAAGGAUUUGUACUGUGGUGUAAUCGAUGCCAAGAACAUUGGCCUGGUCACUUCCAUUGAGCGAAUCGUUGAGUUUGUAUUCAUGCAGGCCCUGGCCUUUCCCAGUUUGGAAGGCGAUGAGGAGGACGUUAGCUGCGGUCUUAUCAAAGGGCAGCUCCUUCCAGGACUGCGAUCAUUCUGCAGUGCGUUGCGCGUCUGCGAGCAGGUGUGCGAUCAUCACAACGUAUUUGCCGAUGGCUGCGAUAUGUUUGAGAAAAUCGAUCUGGUGGAUGAGGUCAAGGACAUGUCCAAGAACCAAGAGUUUUGCACACAGCUCGAGGAACGUGUCAAUAACUGGACAAAGGGGAUAUUGAAAAUCCUUGGCGAAAGCGAACAGCUCCGCAAGGAGAACGAUCACAGUGGUCCACAGGACGAACUGGAGUACUGGAAGAAACGUGGCGCGCAGUUCUCACAGCUUCUGGCCCAUUUGCAAGACAAAGAAGUGCAGUUUACUCUGCAUUGUCUUUUUUUGGCGGGCUCCCGCAUUAUAAGGCAAUGGAAGGAAACCGAUCGUAAAAUAACCUUUUGCUACAAUGAGGCACGGGACAAUUCCAAGUUUAUACAAGCCAUGGAAACGUGCUGUCACUCGCUGUACCUGGACGACACUGUAAGCAUGAAGGAGUCCAUCUUAAGUCUACUGCAAACGGUGCGACUGAUUUACAGUGUAUCCCAAUUCUAUAAUACAUCAGAAAGAACAUCAGCACUGAUGGUUAAAAUAACAAACCAAAUGAUCGAGACCUGCAAGUCCUACAUCACUUGUCGUUGCAAGGAGACAAUCUGGUCCCAGGAUCGCAGCUUAAUUCGAACAAAACUCAGCAACUGCAUUAAACUGAACCACAUUUACCACGAGACGUACUACACGGUGCGCGAGCAGCCGUUUCUGCCCAAUCAGACACCAUUUGGGUUCUCCGAGAACUUUGUCUUUGGAAAAUUCGAUACAUUCUGCGAGCGUCUUUCGAAAAUUAUAAACAUGUUCAACCUGAUCGAUGACUACAACCAUUUGUUCGAGCGUCGCCUGGAGGGCCUUCUGUUGGGGGAGGCCUUGGAGGAUGCCUCUAAUCAUUUCGAAGAGGCCAAAAAGGAGGUUAUUUCGAAGAAAUAUGACUACCUAGAUCAUCGAAACUCCAACUUCAAUGACGAUUUUGAGAGGUUUAUACACAAAACCAACUCCCUAAAGGAUACCAUAGCCACGCUGAUUGAAAAGGACUUUGACACGGUCUGGGAGACGCCGCAGUGCAUACGUUUUUUGGUGCGUUUCGAAAAAGUUAGCGAGAAAAUUCCCCUGACCAAGAUGGACGAGAAGUACACACGGAUAUUGCGUUACGUUGACAAGGAGGUGGAUCGCAUACUGAAAACUUUUCGCAAGCAACGAGACGAUCCCCCGCUGGCGAGAAACUUCCCGCCCAUUGCCGGACGCAUUCAUUGGUGUCGGGCAUUGAGUCUACAUCUAACAGAGCUCAUAGAUGCGGUGAUGGAUCAUGCGGUGCUGAGUACCCUGCCCAUGGCUAAGGACUUGGAUAUGCGAUUCCACAACGUCUUGGGAGUGCUCCAGGAAUACGAGGACGAAAUUGUAUCCAUAUGGCUGGAUCAAGACGUCAGCGUUGCCGAUGCCUGCCUCCUGCAGCCACUACUUUGCCUGCAGGGGGACAAAUUGUUUGUCAAUCUACACCCCACAAUACCAUUGCUGAUCAGAGAAGCCAAAAUGCUGGCCAAGCUAAAGAUCGAGCUGCCGAUUGUGGCCGCCACUCUGAUGAGUCGCCAGCAGUAUUUCAUCACCAUACAGGACUCGUUAAAUUGUCUCAUCAAAAUGUUUCUUUCAACGGUCCGGGCUGUGAAGCUGGAGGUGCGUCCUUUGUUUCUGCCCCAGCUGGUGCGCUUGACGGCGAUGCUGAAGCCAGGACUACAUACCAUAAAUUGGACCAACCAAAACUGGACUGAAUUCUAUGAGCGCUGCAAGCAGGCCAUCGAGAACUUUGAGGUUCUUGUGGCCCGUGUUCAUGACAUCUAUUCCAAUCGCAUACUCCAUGUGCUCAUGUGGAUGCAGGACGUCUCGUUGCAAAUAUUACCAGCAGACGAUGAGAUCUGGACAGUUGAUGAGUUUCUGGAGCGCAGCGAGGAGGCCUGCCGGAAAGCGGCCAUCGAACUGAAUCGUAAAAGUCAAAUGGUCUCCGAGGCGGUGGAAGAGGUUCUAAGCUUAGUGGACAAGGCAACGGCCACAUUCAAGGAGAUAGCAGGCGAUGAUGUGACGACCCUCUUCGAUGCAGUCUCUCCAAAAGGAGAGGCCACUGGAUCAGGUGGACGAAAAGCUGAAGACAGUGCAGGAGCAGCUGCUGCUGGCACCACAAGUGGAGGCGGUGGUGGCAGCGGCGGUGGCGGCGGCGGAGGGCAGCAGCAGGACUGGAGUAUCUUGUGGUCUUGCUUUGAGAAUCCCCUGUCCCUGCUGUCGACCACAGAAAGCCUGCCUAAGGGCAUGCAGGAUAUGGUGUGCAAUGCGGUGGUCGAGAUGCGUCGCUAUUACAGCCGCAAGGUCAUUGACGUACUGAUAAAGGUCAUUCGAGCCGCACUGGAUACACUGAGACGUCGAUUCAUUGCCGAUGAGAAUGAGACGGUUUUCAAAAAGCCUAUAUUUGCGCUGCACGCGCAGCUGCAGAUACCCCAUGUGGUUAUCAAACCGAGUCUGGACGAGCUGCAGGACAUUUUGGUGACGGCUGGCAAGAACAUCACGGGCAUUGCGAAGGGUGUGGCUCAGUGGAGCAGCGGCAAAGAUCCGCCGCAAGUUUCGAUGACGGUGACGCAGCCGCGCGUCGGACGCAACCACAACGAGGCCUCUGGCGGCGCCGGCGGAAAGAGUCGACGUCGCAAAAUCUAUUGUCUGGCCUCCGAGGAACGACCACAGAUGCCGCACAUGCUGAAAAGCUUCUACUCGGCCAUCAUGGAUAACAAAGAGGUGGCCAAGGCUGUCAACCAGCUCUCCAGCUGCACGAAGAACGUAAAGCCAGAGAUUCAAACGUACAUUAAGCGCUGGAAGCCCUACCACUUCCUGUGGAAGAACGAUCGCACCACUCGUCAGCUAAUGGAGUUUGGCCUGCAGGAGUUCGAGACCACCCUGCGCUGUCUAUCCGAUCUGGAUGCCAAUCUGCUGAUUGAGCCAGACAUGGAGGUCUUUGGACAGUGCGUGGCAGUGUAUAAUGAAAGGCUUAAGUAUGGUUUGGCCAUUGAAAUCAAAUCCUGCAACCACAAAAUUGGACAGGCUAUGAAGAAGAAGUACAAGAAGGAAAUGGACUAUGUAUAUGCCGUAAUCAAUGAAAUGGAUCGUAAGCUGGACAGGCCUAUACGUGACUUGGAUGAUGUGCGCAUGAUAAUGGAGACUUUGGGUAAGAUUCGUGAGCAGGAGGUGGACAUGGAACUUCGAAUAGAUCCGAUAGAGGAAGCAUUCAAUGUCCUGACGCGCUAUGAGGUGCAAGUGGAGCGUGACCAGUUCGACCUGGUGGACAAUUUGCGGGCCACAUUCCAGAACUUGUUGGCUGGGGCACUGCAGGCACAAGUGAAGCUGCUGGACAUGCAGCCAGCCUUCCAGGACGACUUGCGCACCAAUUUGGACAACUUCAAGCAGGACAAGAUCUCGUACGUGACGGAGUAUCGGACGGCGGGUCCUAUGCAGGCGGGGCUAACGCCGAGAGAGGCCUCCGACCGGCUUAUACUGUUCCAGAACCGCUUCGAAGGCAUGUGGCGACGCCUGCAGACGUACCAGAGUGGCGAGGAACUCUUCGGUCUGCCGCAAACGGACUAUCCAGAGCUGGGGCAGAUACGCAAGGAACUGAACCUGCUGCAGAAACUUUACAAACUGUAUAACGAUGUGAUUGACAGAGUGAGCAGCUACUACGACAUACCCUGGAAUGAGGUGGACAUUGAGGAGAUCAACAACGAGUUGAUGGAGUUCCAAAACCGCUGCCGGAAGCUGCCGAAGGGACUGAAAGAGUGGCCGGCUUUCCAUGCUCUGAAGAAAACAAUCGAUGACUUUAACGAUAUGUGCCCCCUACUGGAGUUGAUGGCGAAUAAAGCCAUGAAGCCACGCCACUGGCAACGGAUCAUGGACGUUACUCGCUACAUCUUCGAGUUCGACUCGGAGGGUUUCUCGCUCAAGAACAUAUUGGAGGCGCCGCUGCUCAAGCACAAGGAGGACAUCGAGGACAUUUGCAUCAGUGCCAUGAAGGAGAAGGACAUCGAAGCCAAGCUGAAGCAGGUGACCAAUGAGUGGUCCGUGCACGAGCUGCAAUUCAUGAGCUUCAACAAUCGCGGCGAACUCUUGCUGCGCGGCGACACUACGGCCGAAACGAUUGGCCAAUUGGAGGACAGCCUGAUGGUGCUGGGAUCCCUCCUAUCCAACCGAUACAACGCUCCGUUUCGGAAACAGAUACAACAGUGGGUCUAUGACCUCUCCAACUCGAAUGAGAUACUGGAGCGGUGGCUCUUGGUGCAGAACAUGUGGGUCUAUCUGGAGGCAGUGUUUGUUGGGGGCGAUAUUGCGAAGCAACUGCCGAAGGAGGCGAAAAGGUUUUCGAAAAUAGACAAAUCCUGGCAAAAAAUCAUGCAGCGAGCCCACGAGACACCCGGCGUUGUGGCUUGCUGCGUCGGUGACGAUUUGCUUAAACAGUUGCUGCCUCAUCUGCAGGAGCAACUGGAGAUUUGUCAGAAAUCCUUGAGUGGUUAUCUAGAGCGCAAGCGCAUGAUGUUUCCACGUUUCUUCUUUGUGUCAGAUCCUGCACUGCUUGAGAUACUGGGUCAAGCUUCCGAUUCGCAUACCAUACAAAACCACCUCCUGAAUAUUUUCGACAACACAAAGUCGGUGAAGUUCCACGACGUCGAGUACAACAAAAUGAUGGCCAUCAUAAGCAGCGAGGGCGAGAUGAUCCAGCUGGAUCGCGCCAUCCGUGCGGAGGGCUCUGUCGAGACAUGGCUAACUCAAUUGCUGGUCACAGCACAGCAGUCACUGCACUCGAUCAUUCGCACCGCCUAUGCGACCAUUAACGAUCCAAACUUCACCCUCCUCAGCUUCCUUGAGAAGGCGCCGGCCCAGAUUGGCCUGCUCGGCAUUCAAAUGGUUUGGACGCGAGAUGCAGAAAUGGCUCUGAUGCAGGCCAGACAUGAGAGGAAGGUCAUGUCCGAGACAAAUAACAAGUUCCUCGAGAUCCUCAACACGCUCAUCGACCAAACCACUCGCAAUCUGACAAAGCGCGAGCGCACGAACUUCGAGACCCUGAUCACCAUUCAUGUGCAUCAGCGCGAUAUCUUCGAUAUUUUGUGCCGCAUGAACAUCAAAUCAGCAAACGACUUUGAAUGGCUCAAACAAUGCCGCUUCUACUUCAAAGAGGAUCUGGACAAGACCUGGAUAUCGGUUACCGAUGUCACAUUUACCUACCAGAACGAAUAUCUUGGCUGCACAGAUCGACUGGUUAUCACACCAUUGACAGAUCGUUGCUAUAUCACUUUGGCCCAGGCUCUUACCUUGUCCAUGGGGGGAGCGCCAUGCGGGCCGGCUGGCACUGGAAAAACGGAAACUGUCAAGGAUAUGGGCAAAACGUUGGCCAAGUAUGUUGUCGUCUUUAAUUGCUCCGAUCAAAUGGAUUACAGAGGGCUGGGACGCAUAUAUAAGGGUCUGGCCCAGUCUGGAAGCUGGGGCUGCUUCGAUGAGUUCAACCGCAUCGAACUGCCGGUUCUUUCAGUGGCCGCUCAACAAGUGGCCGUCGUGCUGACGGCCAAGAAGGAGAAGAAGAAAACUUUCCUUUUCACAGAUGGAGAUACGAUUGAAAUGAAUCCAGAAUUUGGAAUAUUCAUAACUAUGAAUCCCGGGUACGCGGGUCGCAAAGAGUUGCCCGAGAAUCUGAAAAUACAGUUCCGGACCGUGGCGAUGAUGGUGCCGGACAGACAGAUAAUCAUCCGCGUGAAGCUGGCCAGCUGCGGUUUCCUGGAGAACAUAACGCUGGCACGGAAGUUCUACACACUGUAUAAGCUGUGCGAGGAGCAGCUGACGAAGCAGGUCCACUACGACUUCGGUCUGAGGAACAUACUCUCCGUGCUGCGUACGCUCGGGGCAGCCAAGCGGAGGAACUCAAAGGACACUGAGAGCACCAUUGUGAUGCGCGUCCUCCGCGACAUGAAUCUCUCCAAGCUGAUUGAUGAUGAUGAGCCGCUCUUCCUCUCGUUGGUGUCCGACUUGUUUCCCAAUCAGACUCUCGAGAGUACCAACUAUCCAGAGUUGGAGGCUGCCAUUCUCCAGCAAACAGACGAGGCCAGUCUGAUCUAUCAUCCGCCCUGGGUCCUGAAGCUUAUACAGUUGUACGAGACCCAGAACGUUCGCCAUGGCAUCAUGACCCUGGGCCCGAGUGGAGCGGGCAAAACCACCUGCAUCCACACCCUGAUGAAGGCCAUGACCCAAAUGGGGGAGAAUCACCGCGAGAUGCGGAUGAACCCCAAGGCGAUCACAGCAGCCCAAAUGUUUGGACGCCUCGAUGUGGCCACCAAUGACUGGACCGAUGGCAUCUUCUCGGCCCUGUGGCGCAAGACCCUUAAGCUGAAGGCAGGCGAAAAUGUGUGGCUGGUGCUCGAUGGUCCAGUGGACAGUAUUUGGAUAGAGAACCUCAACUCCGUGCUGGAUGACAACAAAACCUUGACUCUGGCCAAUGGCGAUCGCCUAACGAUGGCGCCAACCGUUAAGAUUAUCUUCGAGCCGCACAACAUCGACAAUGCCUCACCCGCUACUGUGUCACGCAACGGCAUGGUUUACAUGAGCUCUUCUGGCCUGGAUGCACGACCGAUUGUUCAGGCCUGGCUAAAGAAUCGCGCGCCUGGCGAAAAGACCACGUUUUCCGAUCUGUUCGAUGAGACAUUUGUCGAGGUACACAACUGGGGGGCACAAAUGGUGAAGCUUCAGAUGCCAGUCCUGCAGUGCAACAUAGUGCAGCAGAUGCUGUUCAUUCUGGAGGGCUUGAUACCCGUCAAGAAGGAGGACGAACAGGCUGUGAGCCUUUCGAGCAAGGAGAGCCAUGAUGAGGAUCUGCCCAUUGAGAGCUUUGUCGAGGAGAAAGAGGACACCUGUACACCGGAACACUUGCACCGCUUGUAUAUAUUCGCUCUGGCCUGGGGCCUGGGGGGUUACCUCUCAACUACCGAUCGCGUUCGAAUGAAUCUCUUUGUGAAGGAAUCCUUUCCGCACCUCGACUAUCCCAAGGGUAGUGCUAGCGAGAACACCAUAUUCGACCAUUUCGUUUCUCCAACGGGCGUGUGGCAGUCGUGGAAGACGCUCGUCACACCCUACAUGUAUCCGGAGCUUUCCACACCAGACUACUUGAGUAUUUUGGUGCCCAUUGUGGAUAAUGUGCGUAUCGACUAUCUAAUCGGAACCAUUGCCAAUCAGGAGCGCGCCGUGAUGGUCAUCGGCGAACAGGGUACCGGGAAGACAGUGAUCAUGAAGAACUUCAUGAAGAAGAUGAACAUUGAGACGUACAUGGGCCGAUCCUUCAACUUCUCGUCGGCCACCAGCCCCUACCAGUUCCAGCGCACCAUCGAGAGCUAUGUGGAGAAGCGUGUGGGCGUCACCUUUGGGCCCCCUGGUGGCCGUAAGCUGAUCGUCUUCAUAGACGACAUCAAUCUGCCCGAGAUCAAUGAGUGGGGCGAUCAGGUGACCAAUGAAAUUGUGCGCCAGUCCAUGGACAUGAAGGGCUUCUACAGCCUGGAGAAGCCGGGCGACUUUACCACCAUUGUGGAUGUACAGUAUGUGGCGGCCAUGGGGCUGCCCGGCGGCGGUCGGAACGACAUACCGUCGCGUCUCAAGCGUCAGUUCUGCGUCUUCAACUGCAACAUACCCGACAAUGACUCCAUUGAUAAGAUCUUCCGCGUUAUCGGUGAGGGCCACUACAAUGCCAAGCGCGGCUUUGUGCCCGAGAUUCGCAAUUUGGUGAAGAAACUGAUCGUGGUCACGCGGCACCUGUGGCAGCGCACACGCGAGAAACUGCUGCCCACGCCAGCGAAGUUCCACUACGUGUUCAGUCUGCGCGACCUGUCGCGCAUCUGGCAGGGCAUGGUUGGCACCUUAUCCACAGUGAUCACCUCCGAGAGCGUGCUCAUGGCGUUGUGGAAGCAUGAGUGCACGCGAGUAUUUGCCGACCGAUUCACCACGUUCCAGGAUAGGGAGUGGUUCGGCUCAGAGCUGGCAUGUCUCGUGCGAGAGGAAUUGGGCGAGUCCCAUUCCCAAAUGAUCAUACCCAAUCCGGUGUUCGUCGAUUUUAUGCGCGACGCCCCCGAGCCGACUGGCGAGGAGGGCGAGGACACCGACAUGGAGCUGCCGAAAGUGUACGAGCCGGUACACUCUCAUGAAGUGCUACGCGAGCGUCUCGUUAUGUUCCUCGCCCAGUUCAAUGAAAUGGUGCGAGGAUCUGGAAUGGAUUUGGUGUUCUUCCCGGAUGCAAUGCUGCAUCUGGUGAAGAUCUCCCGCAUCAUUCGGCAUCCGAGAGGAUCGGUCAUGCUUGUCGGGGUCGGCGGUUCUGGAAAGCAGUCGCUUACGAAAUUGGCAUCGUUUAUAGCUGGCUACAAGACCUUCCAAAUUGCGUUGACGCGUUCGUACAAUGUGGCCAAUUUUCUAGAGGAUCUAAAGCUGCUCUACCGCACCUGCGGCGUGCAGGGGAAGGGCACAACCUUUCUCUUCACUGACAUGGAUAUCAAAGAGGAAGGUUUCCUCGAGUAUCUCAAUAACAUACUCUCGAGCGGUGUCAUAUCGAAUCUAUUCUCGCGCGAUGAGCAGGCCGAAAUCGUGCAAGAGCUGACGCCGGUCAUGAAACGCGAAAAUCAACGCAAAACAGCGACCCCGGAAAGUGUGAUGGACUUUUUUCUGGCGCGCACCUGCACCAAUCUGCACGUGGCCUUCUGUUUCUCACCCGUGGGUGAGACUUUUCGGUCGCGGGUGCAGCGCUUUCCCGCCUUGGUCUCCGGCUGCACCAUUGACUGGCUGCAUCCGUGGCCCAAGGACGCCCUGGUUUCGGUUGCCAGACACUUUCUGAGCCACUUCGAAAUUGAGUGUACGUCGGCCGUCAAGGAAGAGCUGGUUAAUGCGCUCGGCUCCAUACAGGACAUUGUCGCCGAAACGUCACAGGAGUACUUCCAGCGUUUCCGUCGCGCCACGCACGUGACACCCAAAUCUUAUCUGAACUUCAUUGCCGGCUACAAGAAUAUCUAUCAGAUGAAGCAGCAAGAGCUGCGCGAUGGUGUGGAGAAGAUGGAUACGGGAUUGGAGAAACUGAAAGAGGCCUCCGCCUCGGUUGAGAUCCUCAAGAAAGACCUCGUGGUCAUGGAGGAGGAGCUGGUCGAAGCCUCCAAGAACGCUGAAUCGGUGCUGGUGGAGGUGACCGAGCGUGCGAUGCAAGCGGAGAUUGUCAAGAAUCAGGUCCUCAUCGUCAAGGAUAAGGCAGAGGCCCUCGUUGCCUGCAUUGCCCACGAGAAGGCCCUGGCCGAGGAGAAGCUCGAGGCGGCCAAGCCGGCCCUCGAGGAGGCCGAGAACGCCCUCAACACGAUCAAGCCGGCGCACAUAGCCACCGUGCGUAAGCUGGGACGACCCCCGCAUCUCAUUAUGCGGAUAAUGGACUGCGUCUUAAUCCUGUUCAAGCGUAAGCUGCACCCGUGUAUACCCGACUCGUGUACACCGUGCCCCAAGCCCUCGUGGCAAGAGUCCCUCAAGGUGGGUGCCCCCUUUGUCCAACAGCUUUCCUCUUCCCAUUCCCCUUUCCCCUUUCCCUUUCAUGUGUGUUCCACGCAGAUGAUGGCCAGUGCCACAUUUUUGCUGCAACUGCAAAACUACCCGAAGGACACCAUCAACGACGAGAUGAUCGACCUGCUGCAGCCGUACUUUCGCAUGGAGGACUACAACAUGGACAUGGCUCGACGUGUGUGCGGUGAUGUCGCCGGUCUGCUCUCCUGGACCAAGGCCAUGUCCUUCUUCCACAGCGUGAACAAAGAGGUACUGCCCCUGAAAGCAAAUCUAACCAUGCAAGAGGCGCGCCUAAAGCUUGCAAUGGACGAUUUGGCCGGUGCCGAGGAACAGCUUCGAGAGCGUGAGGAUGCCCUGCAGGCGGUAAAGGAUCAGUACGACAAGGCCGUGGGGGAGAAGCAACGACUGAUGGACGCGGCCAAUGUCUGCCUGCGGAAAAUGACCGCAGCCACGGCCCUGAUCAAUGGGCUGUCCGACGAGAAGCAUCGCUGGACCAACCAGAGCAAGGAGUUCAAGAUUCAGCUGGGAAAACUGGUGGGCGAUGUGCUCCUGGCCACCGGCUUUCUCUCCUACUGCGGGCCCUACAACCAGGAGUUUCGGGCCAACCUCAUCAAGACCUGGAUGGGCAUACUGAAGCAGAAGAAUAUUCCCUUCACCAUUGGACUGAACAUCAUAAACAUGCUGGUCGAUUCUUCGACGGUGUCGGAAUGGACACUCCAGGGGCUGCCGAACGACGAGCUGUCCGUGCAGAAUGCCCUGAUAGCCACCAAGUCCAGCAGCUAUCCGUUGCUGGUCGAUCCGCAGACGCAGGGGAAGAUCUGGAUCAAGUGCAAGGAGGAUCGCAAUGAGCUGCAGAUCACCUCCCUGAAUCACAAGUACUUUCGCACCCACCUCGAGGACUCGCUCUCGCUGGGCAGGCCGCUGCUGAUCGAGGACGUGGGCAUUGAUCUGGACCCGGUUAUAGACAAUGUCCUGGAGAAGAACUUCAUCAAGUCGGGCAGCAUUGAGAAGGUGCUUGUCGGCGACAAGGAGUGCGACGUAAUGCCCGGGUUCAUGCUCUACAUUACCACAAAGCUACCGAAUCCCGCCUUCAGUCCUGAGGUCAGUGCCAAGACGUCGAUCAUUGAUUUCACGGUCACGAUGCGUGGUCUGGAGGAUCAACUCCUGGGUCGGGUCAUCCUAAUGGAGAAGUCGGAUCUGGAAGCGGAGCGAGUGGCGCUCUUCGAGACCGUCAUGCAGAACCAGCGCAACAUGAAGGAACUGGAGGCGAACCUCCUGCUGCGCCUGAGCUCCUCCCAAGGAUCUCUGGUGGACGACGAGGCUCUAAUUGAAGUGCUUCGGGUGACCAAGACCACAGCCGAAGAAGUCAACCAAAAACUAAAGAUUUCCGAGGUGACGGAGCGCAAAAUAAUGAAGGCACGCGAGGAGUUUCGGGCGGUGGCGAAGCGAGGAUCAAUCCUCUACUUUCUGAUUGUCGAAAUGAGCAACGUGAACGCCAUGUACCAGAAUUCCCUCAAGCAAUUCCUCGUCAUCUUCAACCACUCCAUAACCAAGUCGGCCAAGUCCAGUGUCACGGAGGAGCGCAUCAACAUUAUCCUGCGCUAUCUCACCUACGAGGUGUACAAGUUCACGAACCGCAGCCUCUAUGAGCGGCACAAGCAGCUGUUUACCCUGAUGCUGGCCAUCAAGAUCGACUAUCACAACGAGAACAUCAGUCACGAGGAGUUCUUGACGUUCAUCAAGGGCGGGGCCUCACUGGAUCUGAACGCUGUCACCCCAAAGCCCUUCCGCUGGAUCCUGGACAUCACCUGGCUCAAUCUGGUGGAGAUCAGCAAGCUGGAGACCUUUUCCACAGUUCUGCAGGUGAUUGAACUGAAUGAGCGUGACUGGCGCACGUGGUACGAGUGCGAGAAGCCCGAGUACGAGGAGAUCCCCUGUGGCUAUAAUGCCCUUCUGGACAGCUUUCGAAAACUGCUACUCAUUCGCUCCUGGUGCCCCGAUCGAACCAUAUCUCAGGCCAAGAAGUAUAUAGAAGAAUCUUUGGGAGGCGAGUACAGUGAGAUGCAGAUUCUGGAUUUGGAGGAAAUGUGGCUGGAGUCGGAGCCACGCACGCCCUUUGUGUGUCUUCUCUCAAUAGGAUCCGAUCCAACCACCCAAAUUGGGGCCUUGGCCAAGCAGAAGAGCAUAGGCCUAAAAUCUGUGUCGAUGGGACAGGGACAGGAGUACCAUGCCCGCAAAAUGAUAAUGGAAUCGAUGUCCACUGGCGGCUGGGUUCUGCUCCAAAACGUGCAUCUGUCGCUGCCCUUUUGCACCGAGAUUAUCGACAUGCUGGUGGAGUCGGAGCAUAUCGACGAGUCCUUCCGCAUGUGGGUCACCACUGAGCCGCACACCGAGUUUCCGAUUGGAUUGCUGCAAAUGGCUCUCAAGUUCACAAAUGAACCACCCCAGGGGAUACGGGCCAGUCUAAAGCGCAGCUACCAGUCGUUCACCCAGGACUUCCUUGAUUACACCUCAGCCUCGCAGUGGCCCCCGCUGCUGUACACAGUGGCCUUUCUGCACACCAUCGUCCAGGAGAGACGAAAGUUCGGCCCUCUGGGCUGGAAUGUACCCUACGAGUUCAAUCAGGCCGACUUCGCGGCCAGCGUGCAGUUUGUCCAGAACCACCUGGACGAAAUGGAUCCCAAGAAAGGUGUCUCCUGGCAGACCCUGGUCUACAUGAUUGGAGAAGUCCAGUACGGGGGCCGGGUGACCGAUGACUUUGACAAGCGCUUGCUCACGACCUUCACCGCGGUCUGGUUCUGCGAGCAACUGCUGUCGAACUCCUUCGAGUUCUACAAGGGCUACAAGGUGCCGGGCACGAAGAGCCUUCAGGGCUUUAUCGAUUACAUAAACAGCUUGCCGGCGUACGAUACCCCAGAGGUGUUUGGCUUGCAUUCGAACGCCGACAUCACGUAUCAGAUAAAUUCAGCGAAAGGCAUCCUGGACACAAUACUGAGCGUACAGCCGAAGGAGGGUGGCGGCGGCGGAGGCGAAACAAGGGAGAGCAUUGUCUACCAACUGGCAGAUGACAUGCUACGCAAGCUCCCCGCCCAAUACAAUGCCUACGAUGUGCGUGAGAAUCUCAAUCGAAUGGGCAUCUUGUUGCCGAUGAACAUAUUUUUAAGACAAGAAAUCGAUCGAAUGCAGAGGGUUAUUAAGCGCGUGCACACCUGCCUCUGCGAUCUGAAGCUGGCCAUUGACGGUACCAUUGUAAUGAGUCCCGCCCUGAAGGAGUCCCUGGAUGCUAUGUACGAUGCCCGCAUACCAGAGACCUGGAUGAAGAUAUCCUGGGAGUCAACUACGCUGGGCUUUUGGUACACAGAGCUUCUCGAGCGCAACGGACAAUUUCGUACAUGGAUAUCAACGGAUCGUCCGAAGGUAUUUUGGAUGACAGGGUUCUUCAAUCCCCAAGGCUUUCUGACUGCUAUGCGGCAGGAAGUAACGCGAGCACACAAGGGCUGGGCACUGGACUCGGUUGUGCUGCAGAAUCAAAUAACGCGCUAUAACCGAGAAGACAUCACGGAGUAUCCAACGGAAGGAGUGUACGUCCAUGGACUGUUUCUCGAGGGCGCCUCAUUGGAUCGGCGAAGCGGAAAGCUGAUGGAGUCCAAAAUGAAGGUCCUGUAUGAGCAGAUGCCCGUCAUUUACAUAUACGCCAUAAACACCACAGCUGGAAAAGAUCCGAAACUGUACGAGUGUCCCAUCUACCGAAAGCCGCAGCGAACGGACCUAAAAUAUGUGGGCUCAAUUGACUUCGAGACCGAAUUCAAUCCCAAGCACUGGACCCUGCGUGGCGUGGCCCUGCUCUGCGACAUCAAGUAGUCAUUCUUUGCCCGGGUCCGUGCCUUUGUUUGCCGUCAUGUCAACUGCUCCACGAGACAGAGGGAGAGUACGUGAGUGGGGCUGCUAAUGGCAAUGUGAUAAUUAUCUUAUUUUUUUGGGCGAGCGUUCAAGUUUCGUGUAAUCUAGCGACUAGCGCAAAUACAACAAUAUUAAUUGGACCCUCGGGUGAGGACCAAAGAGACACACACCACGAGCACAGUUAUUAGCUUGUAAAACCAUUUGUUAGCCAACAAUAAAGACGCGUUUUCUCAUAGGGAAAAACAGAGAUCAGCACGUGAACUGCACGUGAGACCAUACUUUGAAUAAAUUAAA